CAUCAGGACCCACCAAAGAAGCUGCCUUUCCGGAGAGACCCAUCCAGCAGGAUCGAAAGCUGUCACUCCAAGUGGAUUCUUGACCUUCCCUCACAGAUUGAAGAAAUUCUGAUCAGCAGAAUGACCUCAGAAAAUCCCCAGCGAGGCCCUUUUAUCAACAUGAACUUGGUACCACAAUCUCCAGCUUAUUCCAGAAUGUGUAAGAAGCAUCAACGUACCUCAUUCACCCACCAACAGCUUAUAGAGUUGGAGGCUGUAUUUAGCCAGACCAUGUUUCCAGAUAAAAAACUCAAGAAAGAACUAGCUAUGAAGUUCAGCCUACCAGAGUCAUCGAUAAAGGUUUGGUUCAGAAACAGGCGAUUCAAACAGAAGAAGCAGCAACAGCAAUCGCUAAAGCAACUCAACCAGGUCCUUCAAGCCGGGAAGACUACGCGCACCCUCCCCGGAACAUCCACUGAUCCUUACUCCUUUUUUCCAAUGGUUUCAGAUUCCCAUAGCUCUCUUCCACCUCAGCCCUUAAACCCUUGCAAUCUGGAAUGGGAUUCUCCCUUUGCAGAGAAUCCCACAAAUGAUUUCCAAAUGCAGGAUCUUCAUUUGGAGAGGCUAGUGGCCUCGGUUCCUGCUUUGUACCCAGGGGCCUGGGACAUAGCGGAAAUCAUAUACCUGUACAGUUUUCCUGAUGAGGAUGAGCUAUCCAGAUUUGCCUUCCACAGUCUAUUUCACUAUCUCUCACCCACAAGGCCCCAUCUAGAAGAACAAGGUUCCACCUGUCUCAGAAGCUGGGCUGGGGAAGCUGUAGGUUUAUCUCCUGGGCCACACUGGACUAAUACAACAAGGCAAGGCUUUGCAGUCACAGAGGCGGACUAG